AUGUUUGACACCUAUAUGGAUGCGUUAAGCAUGGAAAUUUUGACACAAAUUUUGGAAACGACGCCAUUCACUGAUAUACGAUCAUUCGCGCAGACAAAUCGGUACAAUAAAACACAAACGGCACUCUACCACAAACAUACUCUUGUGCGGGAGAUCGCCAAAAGAGGUGUUUGUCCCAUACGGCUUAUCGAAAUCAUGAAAUCAACUGGCUCCGUAAUAACCGGCUCAAUCCCUCUACUCUUGAUGUUUCCCCAAAUAUCGUCGUUGCCGCACGAUCACAUUUCCAUGAUGGUCGGCUCUGACGCACGGGACAUUUUACUAAAUCUCUUACGAGAACGUUGUGAUUUCAACGUCACUCGAGUCGAACGCAGACCGAUGUGGGACAACAUGAGAGACCCAAACCUGACAGAAGGAAUUUUUACCCUCACAAAAGCAACUUUCACAAUAACUAUCACGGUUUCUCGGACCAAUCAUCCCAUCCAACCUAUGUUUGAAAAUGAUCUCACCCUUGACAUGAACUAUGUCACACCGUAUGGUUUAACAUGUGCAUAUCCUUUACUCACUGUUUCACGACGAUCUUUCCUCAAUCUGCACAAAUUCCCAUACCACGUCCCUUUAUCGCAUUUGCUUUACGAGAACGCGGGUUUCCGUAUCGCCAAAGCAAUUUGGAUUUGGAAGGAUUUUGAGGAUCAUGAAUGCGGCAACAAUGGCAGUUGUCCUUUCACGGUGCGGUCCAUCACCGAUAAAGACGUCAUGACGGUGUUAUGGGACGAGAAACCUGUUCACGAAUGUCGUCCAAAAGGUAUUGAUGGCAUGAUGAUUUGGAAAUUGAGAGGGUCCAUACACUGCAUUGAUGGACAAACACGCAGUGCAGCGUUCACUGUUACUCGAGAUGGACGUUUGUUAGUUGGCAGCUAA